AUGUUCAAGUCAUUAUUAAGGUCAUCAUCAAUCCCACUUCGUACAUUUUCUAAACCAACAACAGCCACCACUGUUUCACCAUCACCACUUUUGCGUGCAUUCACAACAACAACCCCACACCACUACAAAGCCGACAAAAACUCUCAUGCUUACAAGUACUUGCAUGAAAAAACACCAAUUGAAACUAAAUUUACUGAAGAACACGAAUACGUCAAAUUAUACGAUGAUGAUUCGGCAUUAAUUGGAAUUACUCAAUAUGCUGCUCAAGCAUUGGGUGAUGUUACAUUUGUAGAAUUACCCGAGUUAGGAACUAGAGUUGAAAUUGGUGAAACUUUGGGAUCAGUGGAAAGUGUUAAAUCAGCUAGUGAGAUUUAUAGUCCUGUUAGUGGUGAAGUUGUAGGGGUAAACAGUGUUUUGGAAAGUGAACCUGGGUUGUUGAAUCAUGAUCCAACCGUUGAAGGAUGGAUUGCUCAUAUCAAAUUGGAUGAUCCAAAGCAAAUUACUGAAAGUGAGACCUUAUUGACUACUGAAGAUUAUGCCAAAUCUUUAGAAGAAGAUUGA